GGUGUUCGUAUAGAUCCUGAGCUUUUCUCAUCGGCGGUCUCAUAUCUCGAUUCCGGUAAGGCCUUCCGAUACCUGUGAAUUUCUCACGGCUCCCUGAAAAGUCGAGUCGUAGGGUUUUUCUUAUCUGCCUUUGAUUAAAAAAAAAAAAAAAGAUUGAAUUUUUGCUUUUGGUUAUAGAUAGUUUUGAUAUUGGGAGUUGGUGUUGUGUUUUGUAAUAUUUGAGUUUUAUCUCUGACUAAGAAGAGCUGUGGUUGUUAAUAAUAUGGCGACAGGGCAGGUUGAUGUUUUGAGAAGAAGGGAUUCUCCUAAAUACUCCAGGAGAGAAUUUGGGUAUUAUAAGAAUGGGUUCUCUGGUGUUAAGCUGAGCCAUGGCCGCCAUGAUGGUGGCAAAUUUAGAGAUGAAGUUCGCGAUUCGCGAAGAUGGAGAGGGCAAUCAAAUGUCUCAGAAUCGUUGGUUGAGACCAGAAAAACUCCGGAGAAGAAGAGGAAGUUUUCUCCUGUUAUAUGGGACAGAGAAGAGAAGAAAUUAGUAAGGGUAUCAUCGAAGAAUGGAGCUGUUCCAGUCUCAGUUGUUUCUCGGUCAUCUCCUCUAAAGAGAUCAUCAAGAUCACCAUCUAGUGAGGUUCAUGAUGUUGUCUCCGAAGGAGUCGACAGAGUUCAAUUGCUUCCUGAGAGGAAGAGGAAGUCUCCGUUUACAAGUACCAGGGAAGAGAAGAGAGUAAGGAUAUCAUCAAAGAAUAGAUUUGUAAUUGUUUCCGAUGGGGUUGUUUCAAAUUCUCCUGCUUCACAGACUCAGUCUCAUGGAGUGGAGGGUUCUGAAGAUAAACCUUCUGUGGCAGAUGGGUUGGUGGAGAUUUCUCAAAUGGAAGCCCCUGCUGAUUUGCAGGUUCGGCGGCAUUCCAAGGUACAAAAUAACCUGGAUGACAAAGACCAGACUAGCAUCUCAUUGUCAAGAUGGGCAUCUGACACCGACUCUCCAAGGGAUGAUGUUAGCUGCAGCUCGACUACUGAAAGUGGCGAAAUCCGAAGAGAAGGCUCAGUUGCGGAUUGGAGCAGAACUUCUAGCUCUGUCAGUGGAGAUGGUGGAGAAGAGAUUAGUGGACAUGUUGGCAAUGCGGGCGUUGAUCAGCUGUAUCCUGAUUCAGAUGACGAAAAUAUUGCUCGGAUUGAAGAGCCUGCAGUGCCCAGGGGAAGAAGUGCAAACAUGCUUCAGGGUUGCAGAAGUAGUCAGGAGUACUAUACUAGUGAUCAAGAGGCACUGGGUGAAGGCACUUAUGGUGUAGUCUACAGAGCGAGAGAUGAACAAACUGGGGAAAUUGUAGCCAUGAAGAAGGUGAAGAUGGAUAAGUGCGAUGAAGGUUUCCCUAUUACAUCAUUGAGAGAAAUAAACAUUCUUUUGUCAUGUAAUCACCCUUCCAUUGUGGGUGUGAAGGAAGUUGUUGUGGACAAGGAUGAUGAUAUUCUUAUGGUUAUGGAGUAUAUGGACUAUGAGCUCAAGUUUCUAAUGGAAUCGAUGGAGCAGCGAUUUAGUAUAGGCGAAGUCAAAUACUUGGUGAAAAGGCUGUUGGAGGGUGUAAAGUAUCUUCAUGACAAUUGGGUUCUUCACAGAGAUCUGAAAACUUCAAACAUGCUUUUGAACAAGGAGGGUGAAUUGAAAAUAUGUGACCUUGGGUUGUCACGCCAGUAUGGGAGUCCCCUGAAGCCUUAUACUUCCAAUGUGGUCACUUUGUUGUACAGGGCACCUGAACUUCUAUUAGGUCAAAAGCAGUACUCUACAGCAAUUGAUAUGUGGUCAGUUGGAUGUAUAAUGGCUGAACUUUUGGCCAAAGAACCACUAUUCAGUCCGAAAACGCCAACCGAAGUUCAUCAGCUCGACGCGAUUUUUGAUACUCUUGGUGCACCAAACGAGACAGAUUGGCCUGGAGUAUCCAAAUUGCCAGUGUUUAAAGCUAUUAAGAUUAAAAAAGGGGAGAACAAUCUGCGCAAGAAAUUUUGUGGGACACGUUUCACAGGAUCACCAAUGCUUACUGCUUCAGGGUUGGAUCUGUUGACAAAACUUUUAACAUAUGAUCCUGAGAAGCGGAUAACAGUGGAUGAUGCUCUUAGCCAUGACUGGUUUAAGGACUACCCUGAACCCAGCCCUUUUAAACCUUCUCCUAGUGUUCAUGACAGCUACAUCCUCAAGCAGCAAUGGGAAAGGCAGCGUCAGGAAAGAAAGAGAGAGGAAAGUGAGCGUCGUAGAAGGGAGAAAAGGCAUUAGUUUUGGAUUUUGAUAUGUAGAAAUUUUGCCAACUUGUUUUAUAGGCAUUUGUGAAGGUAACAGAGUGCAGGGUCUUCUAGAAGGUACAAAAAAUGAGUUGCAAGGUUAUGUUGCUCUGUAUAUAAAGGUGCGGAGAGUAAUGUUGAUCGAGAAGAAUAGAAAAAAAAUUUAAAUUUGUAUUUCCAUAUUUCAGCCAGUGUACAUAUAUUGGAUUCCAUUGUUUUCAUUCCGUUAUUUUAUACU